CUAUCCCACCAGGCUGCGAAUCGGGUGUUUGUGUUGCGUGCAGCAUACUGGGGCAAUAUCAGCAGUCUUCAAGCCCCUGUGAAAGCCUGUUUUGUUGGCUCCCACCUGUUGCAGGAGCAGCUCUUCCUCAGAAAUCGACUUGUUUAUCCACGUGUGGGCGGAGAAAGCACGAGCACACGGGGGCAUGGGGAGCAGCCAAUCAGAAGCGAGCGGCAGCGAGGAGCCUUAAAAGCAGCGAGCGGCUCCUCCGCAGACGCUUUCUGCUCUCCGAGCAUUAACAUUCACUCCGUCUCCUCAGCAGGGACACUGGAAUAUCUUCACCUACUACAACUCCUAAACGAGUUUGAACCUAUUUUUUAUUUUUUGGAUAUUUUUCCCCCCCCCCCCCCUCUAUUCUUGUCGGAAUUUAACCACCGGGAAGAACAAUGCGGCUCAUUCAGAACAUGUCGACUAUUGCGGAGUGUACCGCGCCUGAAUACUCCGUCCUGAACCGGGUCAUCAAAAUAGCUGUUAUCGGAGGCAGCGGAGUGGGGAAGACAGCGCUCGUGGUGAGAUUCUUAACGAGACGGUUCAUCGGAGACUAUGAACGAAAUGCAGGUAAUCUGUACUCCAGAGAAGUCCAGGUGGAUGGAGAUCAGGUGACCAUCCAGGUCCAGGACACGCCAGGUGCAGAGAUGACUGAUAAUGGCAUCAGUCUCCCCGACCACGUGAGCUGCUCCAUUCAGUGGGCAGACGCCGUGGUGCUGGUGUACUCGGUGACCGACCGGCGGAGCUUUGAGCUGAUCAACCAGCUGCACCAGCUGGUGGUCCGUAGCGGUGGUGCCGGCGCGCCCCCAGUGAUCCUGCUCGCCAACAAGGCCGACUUGCUGCACCUGAGGCGUGUUGACUCCCAGCAGGGCCCCUUGCUGGCAGGGACUCUGGGCUGCUCCUUCUACGAGGUCUCUGCCAGCGAGGACUACAACCAGGUGCACGGCGCCUUCCACAGACUGUGCUGCCAGCUCGCCAAGCAGCCGCAGCCGACGCCGCCUCCGUCUGCCAGCGGCGCCACGGAGAAGAGGCGCUCGGCCCUCAUCCCCCGACCAAAGUCCCCCAACAUGCAAGAUCUGAAGAGGCGUUUCAAACAGGCGCUGUCUGCCAAAGUCAGGACUGUGACCUCGGUGUGAGGAGAACUGUGAGCAGAUUAAAGAAAGAAAACAGGAGGUGAACUCUCCUUUCUUUAAAGUCCUGAAUCAGUCUGACUGAAAGGGGCAGGCUGGUGAGAUGAGUGGGUAAAAUAAUAAAAAAA